AUGGACGUCCCCAAGGACCAAAUCGCCUCUCUCAUGGAGCACGGCCUCCACACCUCCGCCCAAAUCCUCGGCUGCUUUCUCGUUUCUUCCCCAGCUGCCAAUGCCGACGUCACUCCCCACCUCAAAGCCGAGAGCUUGGUGCUUCUCGGCGACUCCUUGUUUCGUGACAGAGAGUUUCGCAGAGCAAUACAUACAUACAAGCAAGCAUUGCAGUUUUGCAAGAUUAUCUCCAAAACGAAUCCGGCAUCGUCCCGAAGUAGUUCACUGGCCUCAAACCGGUCCUCUUCGCCUAAUGUAUUAAACGUUUCUGGGAUUAAUGACAAUGAGGUGAAGUUCAAGAUUGCAUCUUGUCAUUCUGCGCUUAGUGAGUACGGUGCAGCCCUUGCUGAGAUGGAUAGUAUUCCAAGCAAAAUGAGGAACUUGCAGAUGAAUUUGUUGAUGGGAAAACUCUACCGGUAUUCUAGACAGAAUCGUUCUGCUGUUUCUUGUUUCAAAGAAUGUCUAAGGUCUUGCCCUUAUGUCUUCGAGGCUAUCAUAGCUUUAGCAGAAUUAGGAGUUUCUGCUAAAGACAUUAUUUCCUUGAUUCCACAGACUCCAAAUAGAAGUGGAAGAGCUUCAUUUGAGCAUUUGGACUCGAGUCGUUGGCUGCAACGCUAUGUUGAGGCCCAGUGUUCCAUCGCUUCUAAUGACUACAAAGGUGGUCUGGAACUCUUUACAGACCUUUUGCAACGUUUCCCUAAUAACUUACACUUGUUACUUGAAAUUGCAAAGGUUGAAGCUAUUGUUGGGAAAAAUGAUGAGGCUAUAAUGAAUUUUGAAAAGGCUCGAUUAAUUGAUCCAUAUGUUGUGACAUAUAUGGAUGAGUAUGCAAUGCUUCUAAAGAUAAAGUCUGACUUUUCAAAGCUAAACAAAUUAGUGCAUGAUUUGUUGAUCACUGAUUCUACAAGGCCAGAAGUUUUUGUGGCCUUAUCUGUGCUUUGGGAAAGAAAAGAUGAGAGAGGAGCUUUAUCUUAUACUGAGAAGGGCAUACGAAUCGACGAGAGGCAUAUACCAGGCUAUAUAAUGAAGGGUAACCUGCUGUUAUCAAUGAAGCGAGCAGAAGCUGCUGUAAUUGCCUUCAGGGCAGCUCAAGAGUUGAGACCUGAUAUUCGUUCAUAUCAAGGUUUGGUUCAGUCUUAUCUCGCUCUCUCUAAAAUCAAGGAGGCUUUAUAUGCUUCAAGGGAGGCUAUGAAGGCUAUGCCCCAAUCUGCAAAGGCUCUAAAAUUAGUAGGGGAUGUACAUGCGAGUAACUCUGGUGGCAGGGAGAAGGCAAAAAAGUUCUAUGAGUCAGCCCUUAGGCUGGAACCUGGUUAUCUCGGAGCUGCAUUAGCUCUGGCUGAGCUCCAUGUUAUUGAAGGCCGUAACGCGGAUGCUGUGUGUCUGCUAGAGCGAUAUCUCAAGGAUUGGGCUGAUGACUCUCUACAUGUCAAGCUCGCUCAAGUAUUUUCUGCAACAAAUAUGCUGCAAGAUGCACUAUCACAUUUUCAAGCUGCAUUGAGGAUCAAUGUACAGAAUGAAGCUGCAAAGAAAGGUUUAGAGCGCUUAGAGAAACAAAUGAAGGGGGUUGAUCCUGAUGCACCUGAAGAGGAUGAAGAUAACGAUGUUGAUGAUGCUGAUGGAGACCAAGAUGAGACUGAGCUUUUAUAGAUUAAGCUAAAACAAGUAACUGUACAGCUUUUGUGAAGAGACUGUUGUUGCAAAGAAUGCCAUGAUUACAGGGGGGUUGCCAUUCUGUAACCAAAUUGACACCCCUAGAAAUGAAGCUCUUGGCCAGCUAUUGGCCGUGUUCAGAGGAGUAACCAGAAUUGUUUGUAUAAAUGUCAAAUGAAGACGCAAGAAGAUAGCUUCCCAAGAUAGAGAGGAAGCGGGAGACUGACAGUGGUUGCAGAUUACCAAAUCUUCAUGGCCGAGACAAUUUGCCAUGCAAUCCUCCCUAUUGAUUCCAUUCCUGUCAAUUCUUUAGAACAUUAUGCUUUUCAGUUUUCAUGUU